UAGGAUGUGUUCCGUAAAAUAAACUCGUGACACUCAACUUCUGAUAUUUGGAGUGAUCUUUAGCUAUAAGAUAAGUUUCACCCAUUUUAUCCUGUUGCAAGGUCAAGCUGAAAAUGUCAGAAGUUGAGUUGAAAAAUAAGCCUUGGUCACCCCCUUUUGAUGCUAGAUUCCCUAAUCAAAAUCAGACAAGAAACUGCUGGCAAAACUAUGUUGAUUACUUCCGUUGUCAGAAAAUAAAAGGUGAAGACUAUGCCCCUUGUGAAUACUUUAAAAAAGUAUAUUCACAUCUAUGUCCUUCUUUCUGGGUAGAACAAUGGGAUGAUCAACGUGCAAGUGGUACUUUUGCUGGCAAAAUUUAACAACAUACUGUAUUCCUUUCAAGUUUGGUGUAUAGUCUGAUCAGCAGCAUACUGUUAGUACAGAAUUUAUGUAUGAUUGUCUUCAGGAUAAGUGAAUAAAUUUUUUUGUUAAGUU